AAUUGUGAGUAGUUUGCCUGUUGGCGUGGGCGACGAUGAACGGUAAGUCGGCGAACGGCUCGGCGGGGGGAAUGGCCUGCAUCGAGGGGCUGCCGCCGCUGCCCAAGAGUCUGAGCGGUUUGCUGAACUCGAGCGGCGGAUCGUGGAGAGAAAUGGAGCGGAUGUACGUGAAGAAAACCAUGAUCCAGGACGACCUGAGCCGAGGCAGGAACAACACCGACAACCUGCUGGCACACAAACCGGCCAACCUCGACGCUGCUCUGGCGCUGCUGCGGAAAGAGAUGGUGGGUUUGCGUCAGCAGGACAUGUCCCUGCUGUGCCAGCUGUGGUCGCUGCACGAGUCCAUUCAGGAGUACAAGGGCAGCUGCCACGACCUGAGCGCCGCCUCCAGCCUCAGCAUGAUGGACAAUGGAUAUUUCGACGAGGACGAAGAGUAUUACCCAGAGCCCGGCUCCACGCCCACCGGGGAGCAUCCCGACGGAGAGCUUGGAGACGGGACAGGAAGGAUGUUGGGGACGGCCAAGAAUGGGAGCAGUGGCAAAGACGACAGCUGGGACUCCUUUCACGUCACCAUCUGAGGCCUCAUUUCCCACCACGUAACUGCAGACGGAGGGAGAUUUUUGGCGGUAAACAGACUGGGUUGUGGUGGAGGAAAAGUUGAGCGGGUUUGGAAACCUCUUGGCCCGGGAGGGAGUGGCUGGUUUGGAAAAGCAUUCUAUGGUAUCUGGUUACCAUAACGGAUGGUAAAGGUCCAGCUCAACUUCUAACUCCUGCUCAGGUGAAACACAGCCCUGCUUUUGCUACAAUAUGUCCUUUUUUCUUCUUUUUUUUUUCCUUUCUGGCAGCCUAAUCAUUGACUUUACCAGACUGCUGAGUGACCGGGUGUCUGAGAAAAUGGUUUGCUACCAGCCUGGAAAACACUCAGGAGUUGAGAUGCAUUUUUGUCAUCAAAGUCUGGACUUUGUAUAUUCACUAUUAGGCUGUAUACCUUUGAACAAAACAGCUCUGCCAUAUAUAUGUAUGUACACAUACAUAUAUAAAAUCCAGCGGUUUUACUAACUGGGCUAUUAGCAGAGUAUUUUACUUAUAAAUAUAUG